CCGAUACAAAAGUUUUGAUUUUUCACAAAAGUGAAGUGAAAUCUGUGCAGAAAAAAUUUAUAAAAUUAAUUGAAAAAAUUAUAAGUAAAUAGAAAAAAGUAAGGAAAUAUUGUCAAUAAUUGGUGUUGUUUUUAAACAACGAACGUAAGGCGUUUCCACCCUAGAGGCUGGCAAAGCUUCAGAUAUUUUUUUCUAUUAAUGUACAACGUAACAAAAUAUAUUUCUUACAAUGCUUAAUAAUGAAAAUAAAACAUAAAUUUUAACGUAAGUAGAAUAGAAGGUGAACUACGUUAAAAGGCCAUCAAUAUCGACCAUUUGAAAAAUUGAAGAUGAUACCAAAUACGAAAAAGUUUUGGCUGGGCAGCAUCUUUGGUUUGCUAUUGAUUAAUGCUGCGGUGCAGAAAGUAAGUGCAUCCGAAGAUGAAGAGCGCUUGGUACGUGACCUCUUUCGAGGGUAUAACAAACUCAUACGACCCGUUCAGAAUAUGACACAAAAAGUUGGAGUAAGAUUUGGUUUGGCGUUCGUACAGCUAAUCAAUGUCAAUGAGAAAAAUCAAAUUAUGAAAUCAAACGUUUGGUUACGUUUGGUUUGGUACGAUUAUCAGCUGCAAUGGGAUGAGGCUGAUUAUGGCGGUAUAGGCGUAUUGCGUUUGCCGCCCGAUAAGGUUUGGAAACCGGAUAUUGUAUUGUUUAAUAACGCUGAUGGUAACUACGAGGUGCGUUAUAAGUCCAACGUCUUAAUCUAUCCAACGGGUGAAGUACUAUGGGUGCCACCAGCUAUAUACCAAAGUUCUUGCACAAUUGAUGUCACAUACUUUCCAUUCGAUCAACAAACUUGUAUUAUGAAAUUUGGUUCAUGGACUUUCAAUGGUGAUCAAGUUUCAUUGGCACUUUAUAACAACAAAAAUUUCGUGGAUCUAUCAGAUUAUUGGAAAUCUGGUACUUGGGAUAUAAUAGAAGUACCAGCAUAUCUAAACGUUUAUGAGGGUGAUGGCAAUCAUCCUACUGAAACCGACAUUACAUUUUAUAUAAUAAUUCGACGCAAAACUCUUUUCUAUACUGUGAAUUUAAUUCUUCCUACGGUGUUGAUCUCAUUCCUUUGUGUUUUAGUAUUCUAUCUGCCAGCAGAGGCUGGUGAAAAGGUCACAUUGGGCAUAAGCAUUCUCCUGUCACUGGUUGUGUUCCUGUUGCUUGUAUCAAAGAUAUUACCGCCCACCUCACUAGUGCUUCCACUAAUUGCCAAAUAUUUGCUGUUCACUUUCAUCAUGAACACAGUGUCUAUUUUGGUUACUGUAGUCAUUAUCAAUUGGAAUUUCCGUGGUCCGCGUACUCAUCGAAUGCCAAUGUGGAUACGUAGUGUGUUUUUACAUUAUUUGCCCGCUGCACUAUUUAUGAAACGUCCACGAAAAACACGUUUGCGUUGGAUGAUGGAAAUGCCUGGUAUGAGUAUGCCAGCUCAUCCACAUCCAUCAUAUGGAUCUCCGGCAGAGCUACCCAAACAUAUUAGUGCCAUUGGUGGAAAGCAAUCCAAAAUGGAAGUAAUGGAACUCUCCGAUUUACAUCAUCCCAACUGCAAAAUAAAUCGUAAAGUUAAUAGUGGAGCUGAAUUAGGAAUUGGUGAUCAAUGCAGACGAGAAAGUGAAUCAUCAGAUUCAAUUCUCUUAUCACCAGAGGCAAGCAAAGCCACAGAAGCUGUAGAGUUUAUAGCUGAACAUUUGCGCAAUGAGGAUCUUUAUAUACAAACUCGCGAGGAUUGGAAAUACGUUGCUAUGGUAAUCGAUCGUCUACAAUUAUAUAUAUUUUUUAUAGUCACCACAGCUGGCACUGUUGGCAUUCUGAUGGAUGCUCCACAUAUCUUUGAAUACGUUGAUCAGGAUCGCAUUAUUGAAAUCUAUCGUGGAAAAUAAAUUGCUGAACACAUUUUUUUCCAGAGCAACAAAAUGAAUGAAAAGUUAAACAUUAGCAAAUAAUAAAACAAUAAUUAAAGAAUUUUUAAUACUAAAACGAAUUGCAAUUUUUUA